UUCUCCUUUUUAUGCCCAAUUGGGAACAGCAAGGAGAAUAAGGAUGAAGCUCCUCUUUGCAGCUGUAUUUCCUAUUUUUUUUCUGUCUGCAAUUAAACAAGCAGACUCUUCAGCCUAUGACAAGAUUGUGACACACAGCCGAAUUAGGGCAAAAAAAGAGGGCCCUAAUGUCUGUGCACUUCAGCAAGUUAUGGGCACCAACAAAAAAUAUUUCAGCACCUGCAGAAACUGGUAUCAGGGAUCAAUAUGUGGAAAGAAGGCAACAGUCCUGUAUGAAUGCUGCCCUGGCUACAUGAAACUUGAUGGGAUGCCUGGAUGUCCUGCAGUGGCUCCAAUUGACAAUGUUUAUGGAACACUGGGAAUUGUGAACGCAUUAUUGACCCAAGAUUACACUGAUCAAUCAAAACUGAGGGAGGAAAUUGAAGGUCGAGGAUCUUUCACUUUCUUUGCACCAAGUGAUGAGGCUUGGAGUCUCUUGGAUCCAGAGGUUAGGAGUGCCUUGGUCAGCAAUGUCAACAUUGAAUUAUAUAAUGCUCUGCACUACCACAUGGUGAACAAGAGAUUACUGACCAAAGAUCUGAAGAAUGGAAUGACUUUGGAGUCAAUGUACAACAAGCUGGGCCUUCUGAUUAAUCAUUAUUCUAAUGGGAUUGUCACGGUCAACUGUGCCAGGAUCAUUCAUGGCAACCAGAUUGCUACCAAUGGAGUUGUACAUAAGAUUGAUCGUGUGGUUACAGCUGUUAGUAACACAAUUCAAGACUACAUUGAAAUUGAAGAUGAUGUUUCAUCCUUUAAGGCUGCUGCUAUUGCUUCAGACAUGAUUGACAAAUUUGGGGAACCUGGUCACUACACACUUUUCCUUCCUACUAAUGAAGCUUUUGCAAAACUUCCUCGUGCUGUACUAGAAAGGAUCAUGAGUGAUAAAGUGGCUCUUCAAGCUGUCUUGAACUUCCACACUUUGAACUCUGUCCAGUGCUCAGAAGCUAUAAUGGGUGGUUCUUCUUAUGAGACUCUGGAGGGCAACAACAUUGAGAUUGGAUGUGAUGGAGAAAGUCUGACCGUAAAUGGAGUAAAGAUGGUGAAACGCAAAGACAUUGUCACCACUAAUGGAGUCAUUCAUCUCAUUGAUGAAGUGCUAAUCCCAGAUUCAGCUAAACAGGUUCUGGAGCUUACUGGUUCGUCGCAGACCACCUUUACUGACCUGGUUGCUCAACUGGGGUUGUCUGGAUCUAUGAGACCACAGGGAGAAUAUACCCUCCUUGCGCCUUUAAAUGCUGCUUUCUCUGAUGAUGUAAUGGGUAUGGACCAACGAGUUCUUAAACUGAUUCUGCAAAACCAUAUUUUGAAAAACAAAAUCGUUCUGAGUGGACUCUACAAUGGGCAGCUUUUGGAAACACUUGGAGGAAAGACUCUUAGAGUCUUCAUUUAUCGCACUAGUGUAUGCAUUGAAAAUUCUUGCAUGGUCAGAGGCAGUAAAGAAGGAAGAAAUGGUGCCCUACAUCUCCUUAGAAACAUUAUUAAACCAGCAGAGAAACCAAUGAUUGACAUUCUGAGAGGAGAUGAUAGAUUCAGCAUAUUUCUAAGCCUUGUGGAAGCGGCAGGCUUGACUGAGAUGCUCAAACAAGAGGGAGAUUGGACUCUAUUUGCACCCACAAAUGAUGCUUUUGAAAACUUAAGUGAAGAGGAAAUGGAACUUCUCACAAGUGAUAUAAAUACAUUGAGGGCAAUUCUUCUGUAUCACUUUUCUAAUGGAAUUUACAUUGGUGGGGGAAUGGAGCUUGGUGUCACUAACCUCCUGAAGUCAAUCCAAGGAAACAAUCUCAUGGUUAAAGCAAUAAAUAACACUAUUAUGGCAAAUGAGAUAAAGGCUGAAGAGAGUGAUGUCAUGGCAAAUAACGGUGUCAUUCAUGUUGUGAAAUCCCUGCUAUACCCCGCUGAAAUGCCCGUGGGAAAUAAUCAACUGCUCACCAUCCUGAAGAAGCUAAUUAAAAAUAUUCAGUUGAAGUUUAUACAGGGAUACAAAUACAAGGAAAUCCCAUUAACCUUCAUUAAACGCGUUCAAGUCACUGGAGGUCAUACCAUUACUAAAGUCAUUUCUGGAGAACCACAGAAACCGAAGGCUCGAAAGCCGAAAGUUAAAGUAGUUGGUGGAGAGAAAGUUAAGAAAGUUGUCCAAGAUCCUUCUGUGACAACCACCAUCAGGAGAGUUAUCGAAGAACCCUCAAUGACCAAACUCACAAGAGUAAUUGAAGGCGAGCCCUCUCUCACUAAGAUCACAAGAGUCAUUGAAGGCGAACCCUCUCUCACUAAGAUCACAAGAGUCAUUGAGGGUGAACCCUCAUUCACGAAACUCACAAGAGUCAUUGAAGGUGAGCCGGCCAUCACAAAGGUCACAAGAGUCAUUCAAGGAGAAUCUGAUAUCAACUUUGGACAAGGAGAGACAAUAACCAAAGUUAUUCAUGCAGGUGAAAUUGAAAAUGAAGAAGAUAUUAAGAGAUUGCUUGAACAAGAGGUUACCAAGGUAAAGAAGCUUCUUGAAAGUGAUGGUCACUUACUGGAAGAUGAAGAGAUCAAAAGGCUACUUCAGGGAGAUAACAUUAAAAGACCUCCACCUAGAAGACCUCCAGUACCUAAGAGACGAACAAGAAAAGUCCGUCAAGAGAAAAACUGAAUGAUGGGACAAAUGCUGCUUAGCACAAAACUUAAGAGAAUAAAAGAUUAUGACGAACAAUCUAGAAAUAUGAAUUGACCAAACCAGAACAAGGUGCUACAAGACCUAGUUAUUCAUUAGGGUUAAAUUUUGGUUCUGGAAACCUAAAUGAAACCUCAGCUAAUAGAAAGAAAUGGGUUUUCAAAUUCCAAGCCUAAAUAAUUCUUUUUUAUUAGUGCAUUUAAAAAGACCUGUCUAACUACAAGCUUUACAACCUAAUGAAAAUAUUUAGGAGCUCGGUGUGGGAGUCACAGAAAUGGGAAACAAAACUAAUGUAUAUCCCAUAGUUUUAAAUGAAAAAAACAAUGCUGGCAAUAAUUGGGAAUUAAAUUUGAAAAUAUUAUUGCUGGUGUAUUAAAAUUGUUUCUUCACCGUGGUAAACCAUUGCAAAAUAUAGUCUGUGGGGUCUGCAUUUUGUUAUAGAAAUCAGUAAUGCUUGGCAGGUUUCAGGUACUAACUGAAGAAUGUCUGUAAAUCACAUAAAAUGACAAUGGGCCAGAUUUCUGAUAUAACUCUACUUUUGUAUUCCUCAAUUUGCCAUUUCCAGCUUCUUAUAAUUUGUUUUAGCCUGUUUUUGGAAGCAAAAUUAAAGAUUUAUAAUUCUUUUUGUACCUACAAAACAUCUUUUAUAUUGAUUGUACAUUUUUAAACAAUGUUUGAAAAGCUUUUGGUGCCUUUUUCCAUGUUUGUGGAAAUGAAUGUUCAAUAAAGGAUUUUAUUGAGUUG